AACUCAUCAAAAAUAGAAAAAGGAAAAUAAAUAUAAUAACAGAGAGAAAUCGAAGAUGAAUGCCAUGAAGUUUGUUGUCCUUUUGAUCUUUGUUGGAGUUGUGUGUGCCAAUGUUGGCGCAAGGCAGCUUGAAGAAGUGUCUAAAGAGACAAAGUUAGGCAUCUCUAUUCCCAAAACUGUCACUACGAACGGCAUUGGAGCUGGGCUUAGCAGAGUUUAUGCUGUAACUAGUGCCAACAAUUAUGAAAAUUCCAAUGCUGGUGCUGCUGCAGGUCCCGACGGUCCCAGCGCAGAUACAUCUGCAACUGUCUCUAAAAGUACUUAUGGAUCUGUCGAUGCAGAAGGUCCCGCCACCGUAAGUGCAGGUUCUGACAGUUACACUUAUGGUGGCACCACUGCUGGUGCUGCAGCGGAUUCUGAUGGUUCUGGGAGCAGUGGAACCGCUUAUGGUGAUGCAUCCAGCCGUACCUAUGGAACCACCAACCCUUGAGCGAUUGGUGAUCAUGCUCAAGUCUCCGCGUAUAUUAAAAACAAAUACUCUACAAACCCAACACAAUCUCUUUUGUAUUCAUAAAUAAAACUAGAGAUUGUCGCCUUUAUAAAUUAUGAUAUAAUGUAUAUGCUCUUUAUGUGUAACGUGUAAUAUAAAUACAGUAAUUACGACCUAACUAAUCUAAGUGAAUAAUACAUAUACAUACAUACGUGUUUUCCUAAGAUAUAUAUAUCUAAGUCUAAGCUCGCUAAACUCUUUUUAGAGCAUGAUUAAUGGGGAGUUAUUAUAGUGGGAUUCUUAGCGAAAUAUAAGAAAUCGUCUCUUAACUUAUAACUAAAAAAUUUAAGAACCGGUUCUUAGAUAAGAUAUUUAAGAGCCGGUUCUUAAUUUUUUAUUUAAAAGUUAAGAGAUGGUUUCUUAUAUUUUGCUAAAAACUCCACCCUAAAAACCCCCAUUAAUCAUACUCUUACAUCUUUUGUUUCGAGUCAAGACUCCACGUUGCAAGAAUUAAUCAAAAUAUGUUGUCUUUUAUUUUAUAAUGAAUUUAAUAUAUAUUAUUUAGGGCCUGACUGGUGUAACCACUGCGGUUGCGGAAGUUUGCGGAUGCAGAUGGUUGCGGUUUUAAGCAGUUUUAAGAGAUUUGUAUAACUAGUAUUGCGGUUAGAAAUUGGUGCAUUUGCGGGAUAUUUAUGAUUAGUAAACCACCAAAUACAACAUCAGUUAAAUAAUAAAUUAAUAAUAUUUAUAUUUUAUAUAAUUAUAAAAAUUUUAAACAACAAAAUAUUAUAAUAAAUAUAAAAAUUAUAUUUUGAAAUUUUAAAAAAUUAUAGAAAAUAUUUUUAUUUUACAAAUUUAUAAUAUAAAUUAAAAUAUAAUAGAUAUAUUUUAUUAUUUCAAUUUAAAAUUUUUAUUUGUAUUUAUAUUGUUUUUUAAAAAGGAAAAAAAAAUUACCUUCCCGCAACCGCUAACUGAAACAAGCUUUUGAAUUUAAGAGUUUACAACUGUUUGAAACGGUUUAGAGCAGUUUGAAUGAUUGUUGCAAAACGCCAACAACUGAAACCAACCGCAAAAGUUGCUUUUGCGGUUGGUAGCGGAGAAACUAAUCAUGCUCUUAGAUGUCAAGUUUUGAUCAAUGAUCAAUCUAUCUGUUACAAUAGUUUUAGUAUGUAACUACAUUCAUUUUAUAUUUAAUAUAAGUUUUGAACAUAAUAAUUUACGAUAAUGUUAAUAUAAGUUUUGAACAUAAUAAUUUUACGAUAAUGUUAGUGUUAAUUUUGAACAUAAUAAUUUUACGAUAGUAAAGACACUUUCCCUUUUAAUAUAAGCUUUGCAUAAAUCAAUGGAGUUUUCUCAAUUUUAGUUUUUUGGUGGUUGUAAGAAUAUAUCAGUCGAGGUAAAUC